CUCUGGCAUCGACACAUCGCGUCUGGGGGCGGAGAAAGCUGGAGAAAGCGGAAGUGAACCGGAAAAGGGCGAUUACCUAACCCAGCCGGACGUUUCAGGACUUUUCAUCUCCUUCAUCCAAAAUGCCAGAAGAUCUGAGACCGAGGAUUCAGGCGUGGAACACCAGUGCUGGAGAUGGGCUGGAGGGCUUCAAGGCCCACGCCGUUUUCCAGGAGAUCAGCAAGAAGCUGCAGGAGGAUGGGGAGCAGUUUGUGAAGAAAAUCGGGGGAGUUUUUGCUUUCAAAGUGAGGGACGGCCCGAACGGACAGGAGGCCACCUGGUUUGUGGAUGUGAAGAACGGCAAAGGCUGCGUUCACACCGACACAGAUAAGAAGGCGGACUGCACCAUCGUCAUGUCUGACGCUGAUCUGCUGGCUUUGAUGACGGGGAAAAUGAACCCUCAGACUGCGUUCUUCCAGGGCAAACUGAAGAUCACCGGAAACAUGGGGCUCGCCAUGAAGCUGCAGAACCUGCAGCUGCAACCAGGCAAAGCCAAGCUGUAGAGGAGAGGUCCAACCAGAGGAGAUUGAAGGACAGAUGAUUGAUUUCCUGAUUGAGCGUCCUCUGACUCUCUCGUGAUUAUGGUGACAGCCUGCUAGGGUUGAGACAGGUACUAACCUCUCUGUGAGCACUUGUCCACGAAGAAGACUACCUUCUGUUGGGAGCGUCUGCACUGCAUCUUCAUCCCUGAUAGUCCAAGUGCCUCCUGGUGUCAGACUGGUGAUCCUGUUCACGGUUGUAACCCACUGCUGCUUUCUCUGUUGUGAUCUUGAACUGAUUUUUACUAAAUAAACUAGUCUUUCUCUGUUUU